AUGGGUUCAUCCUUCAGCAAAGCCAUGGGCAAAAUCUUUGGCAACAAAGAAAUGCGUAUUCUCAUGCUUGGUCUCGACGCAGCAGGAAAAACCACGAUCCUCUACAAACUCAAACUCAAUCAAUCCGUCACAACCAUCCCUACGGUAGGCUUCAACGUCGAAACGGUCCAAUACAAGAAUGUCAAAUUCAACGUAUGGGAUGUGGGUGGACAGGACAAGAUCCGACCUCUUUGGCGUCACUACUACACAGGAACUCAGGGGUUGGUCUUUGUAGUAGACAGUCAGGAUAGGGAUCGAAUCGAUGAAGCGAGACAGGAGUUGCACAGGAUAAUCGGCGAUAGAGAGAUGAGGGAUUGCUUGUUGUUGGUCUUUGCGAAUAAGCAGGAUCUUCCGGGGGCAAUGAGUCCAGCGGAAGUAACGGAAAAGCUGGGGUUGCAUAGAAUGAGGGAUAGGAGUUGGUUUGUUCAUCCAUCCUGUGCGACGAGUGGCGAGGGUCUAUAUGAGGGAUUGAGUUGGUUGAGUCAGAAUGUUUCUAGUACUAAGAGCUAG